UGUUCUUGCUUUCACAGUUUCACUGUCCCCUCAGGCACCCUCCAUCCAAACAUAGUCCUAGUGUCCUGGGAGAUUGCAGAGUAUCUGAGAGGCUCCCAACAAUUCUAUCUCAGGGCAAAUCGACUCACACCGGCAGAGAGGCAGAGAGAGAGAGAUAGGGAUAAAGAGAAAAGUGGGAAGAGAAGGAGAAUGGGUGUGAAGAAUCUUCAGGCAUGGAUGAUCAUAGUGAAAGAAGGGUUAGAUGUGACCUUAAUGGUGGCAAAGUUCUUCUGUGCGCUUCAUGUCACCAGAACCUACAUCUUCACUCCCGCUCUGACGCCGGGUCCCAGCAUGCUCCCCACCUUCAGUUCGACGAGUGAUCUGGUCUUGGUCGAUCGCAUCUCUGCCCGGACUGGCAAAGUGGGUACCGGCGAUGUCGUCCUCGUCCGGUCGCCAGAGAAUCCCAGAAAGGUUAUCACCAAGCGAGUGAAGGCCAUGGAGGGCGACAGUGUGACCUACCUUGUGGACCCCAGUAACAGUGAUAGACGCCAGACUCUUGUUGUUCCAAAAGGGCACGUCUGGAUAGAGGGAGAUAAUAUUUAUGAGUCUCAUGAUUCAAGACACUUUGGAGCUGUUCCUUAUGGUCUGAUUCAAGGCCGAGUUUUCUGGAGAAUCACGAGUUUUGCAUAUAGAUAUGGCCAGCAGAAGGUUUUGGAUCAGUUGGAAGGAAGGCAGUGUGAAGAGAUUCUUCUUCAUGAGCAGGAAAGCCUGAAGGGGGCAUCCAUGGAGUCCCAUUAGAGCUUGAGCUGAGUGUGGUUGAUUGACAGAUCCACCCAUUCUGUGACAAAAAUGUUCCAAACACUUCGAGGAGGAGGUAGAGGUGGUGUAGAAGUUGCCAUUUUAAGGGGGACAAUAGCAAAAGCUGAAUUCCCAACAAAUCCAGGCCCACUUGUCUUCCUGAAUAUUGUGGAUUGAUCAAUUUUGUGGUCAUAAUUUAGACAUGUAUGGAUCUGCAACUCUGUGGAAAUCGGAAGAUUUUAUAGGGUUAAUUGCCACGUGUAAUUUUAAUUUAAAAAAUUGUGGUUUUAAAGGUUUAUUAUCCCGAGCGCACCAAAUUUUAUAAU